AAAAGCAUUUGACGUUCCGCAUUUUUUCGUUGACCACCUUGAUGAUUAUUUGUAAUUAAUACCCGUCUGAUUUGCUCCAGUGAUUGACAUCUAAAAGGGUUAUUCAAAGUCUCUAAGUUCUUAGAAGCGGGCUCGAUGUGUUAAUUGCUCCCUUGUUUCGAACUGUGUCGGCUGCCGAGGUAAAUGCUACUUUUUUUAAGAGGACAAGAAGAGCAGCACGCUUGGUAUGGUCCAUAUAAUCGUACACCGAAUGGGUGGCAUGGCCGACGUUCUGUAUCGACUCAUCACCAUAUGGGUCUUCACAAGAAUAGCAUUCUGCCAAGAAUCAAAUGUUAGACUACAGAAUGGACUUACCCCAAGAGAGGGCAGAGUGGAGGUUCGCAUCAAUGGAACUUGGGGUACACUCUGCGACAGCAGCUUUGGCAUCAACGACGCCCAUGUGGUUUGUCGUAGCCUGGGCUUCACUGGUGCACUUGGUACCACGUCACUUUCGGAGUUUGGACCGAGUACUUUAACAAUCCACCCGAUCGAUCUUCGGUGCAACGGGAAAGAAACCACUCUUUCAGAAUGUCCAAAAAGUAAUCUAGAUCACCUGCCAGAAGGAUGCGGCUCGUAUAAUGAGGCCGGCGUAAGAUGCUCAGACUGCCGGGAUGUAAAUCCUAGAUGUGAAGAAUGGGCCAGCCAGGGGGCUUGUGAAUCUUACCCGGGAGAGAUCUUACAUGUCUGCCAGAGCAGUUGUGACCAGUGCACCCUGCUUAGCAUAAAUGGUGAGUAUGAUAUUCUCAAGACUCAUCGAAGUAUUAAUAGACAUGUGAACAAAAUGCCGCAGUAG